GCACAACCACCUCUCUAUCCAUCAUCAUUGCUCCACUUUCACCUCUCAACGUUUCGAUUUUCAAACAUUCUUGGAGCCAUCACAUUCAAACCUUAGUUUAAACACGCCAACACACAAAGACAUGAUAGAUAUUAGAUUCUGAGGACUUUCUUCUUUUUUUUCCUCUUAUUUUAAGGUGAAGGAUCAGAGGAAACCUUGCAGAACUCUGAGGAAACCUUGCAGGAUUCUGCAAUGGGGUGUUUUCUUACAUGUUUUGGUUACUCUAGCAACCGAAGGAAACGUCGAAAAUCGAGCAUUAGAAUUUUAUGUGAAGAUCAUUCUCUUCAACCAGAGGUCAUCACAUCAACUAUCAGACAAGACCCCCUCAAAGAUAAGCCGAAAGACAGCUUAAGUUCAAAAGUAAGAAAGAAAGUGAGUUUCAACUUGAAUGUGAAGAUGUAUGAGCCAAUCCCAGAUGAUGAAAUGGCUGAUUGUUUUUCGGUGUACAAUAAAAUUGAAAGGCAGGAACAGAGUGGGGAAGUGAUGGAUAAAUCAAGGAAAUCUUCGUCGAAGCUUGGGUGUGAGGGGAACUUGAUGGGAUCAGAAAUGGUACUUUACCCUGCUGAUUAUAGAUACCAGAAUCUCAGUGGUAGCUAUGAUGAGGAGGAUGAGAUAAGCCUUGAGGAAAGUGAUUUAGGUGACGAAGAUGAAGAUGAUUAUGAUGGUGAUAGCGAUGAAGAAGACAGUUGGGAAAGCAAAGACAACGAAGAUGAUGUGUGGAGGACUAAUGAAUUUGAGUUUAUUGAGCAGUUCUACCCUCGAAAAGACAAUGUCACUAGGACUUCACUGUCAGCAGAAAGAAAUGAUAAUCGUUCCGAAGAACUGUUAAACUUUAAAAGAAAUUGCAGUGCUCGAGAUAGGAGCCAUUACGUACUUCCGGUGCUGAAUCCAGUAGCAGACCUGAGUCAGUGGAAGGUGGUGAAGGCUAAAUCAGUACCAUCUUCAACAUAUCUCAAGGAAAAUAUGCCAUGUCAAGAACAGCAGAGACGUUUGAAUUUGAUGCCAAGUUGCAACCAGUUACUUUCAGGGUGCAUAUCAAAUUCGAAUACUUCUAAGCCCCUAGAACAAGACGGAGAGGUUGUCUCCAGCCUUUCUAAUUGGCUAUAAAUGGUCGAAUUCACCAUCUACAGAAAGCGGUCAGAAUAUGCACAUACCUUGAAUGCAGGUUUGAAUUUUACGAAGCUUGGCCCUUAAAAGAGUUGCUGGAAUCGUUCUAAUAAGUUACAAUGACAUAGUUAAGAGUGUUGUUUUGCUUGAUUGUUUGCUGAGUGACCCUCUAUGUGAGUGAUUGUUUGUGAGUGUUGUAUACUGAUUGUCUGGGACAAUAUUGAUAAUGUUGAGAGUAAUAUGGUUGCCUCA